ACACUUGCACAAAAACAAUACUUCUUCUUCUCCCUCUAUCUUCUUCUUCACCUUUUUGGUCAAUCUCUGAUUAUUCACUCAAGUUUAGGUAUUGAUCAAAGGUUUUGAUUCCAACACUUGCAUGAUUUGGAUGCUUGUUGUUUUGUUUGAUUUUCUGGGAAGUUUUGGUCUGAAUUUCUAAGCUAAUGCUUUUAAGUUGACUUCUUUGAUAAGAUUUACUUUUAUAGUCAUAUGAGUAUAGUGACGUAAGCGGUGAGUGCCUUAAAAAAAAUCAUUAUCUACUCCCUAUGUCGACAGCGUCAGUGUAUACAACUUUUGAAGUUUAGAGCGAGAAAAACUGAGGAAUCAGACUCAGACAUGAAUCCGAUUCACAUGAAGAUUGUCCAGUACAUUCACAUUGACGAGGUCUGGUCCGGGAUAAUUUCCAUCGACACCAAGGUACCAAAUCCAAAUCUCGCUUUGUUUGUCUAUGGCUCCAUGCCCUUUGGUUAUGUAAUUGCAACACAAGUUCAGAACGUGAGCUAAUUAAUAAUUCUCUCUUCGAGUCAGUGUGAGAAUCUAAUUUGGGACCAAAUGUCUUUUGUGUGUCCGAUUUAUGUUUGAGAGCAGUGAAGCAUCCAAAGGGGCAUUGUGGUCAGUCCUGACUGUUGAUCAUCUUGAUGCUUCUUAAUCUAUGCCCUCUUGCCCUAUUUUAUAUAGUAUAUUUCUUUGAGAUUUGUUAAUUUUAUAGGUUCUUAUUCUUGCAUCCCAUUUUUUUCAAAGGAAACAUCCGUGAAAGCUUCCUUCAUCUCUCUGGCUCUCUUCUUGAUUCUCUCUCAAUCAUUUUUUUUUUGCUAAUGGAUUCAUCUUUUCUCCUUACUACUGUUGAUACUACUGCUAUAGGCUUCUUCUUCUUCUUCUUCUUCUUCUUCUUCUUCUUCUUCUUCUUCUUCUUCUUCUUCUUCUUCUUCAUGCUUUUGUGUACAUUACUUUUUCUUGUUAUAAAAUCUUUUAGUUUCCGUCAAGACAACAAGGAACUUUUAGUUGAUGAUGUGGAGAUUUGUGAUAUAGUAAGUUCCGUCUCUAAUCUUGAAUUCCCCUUAAAACUUGUUACAAUUAAUCUCCAAGAAUUGUAUCUCAAUGGAUGUUUAAGUCUAGUAGAACUUCCCUCAUCUAUUGGAAAUCUCAUUAACCUCAAUAUAUUGGAGCUUAUUGUAUGCCCAUAUCUAGUGGAGCUUCCUUCAUCUAUUGGAAAUCUCACUAAUCUCCGGAAGUUGAAGCUUAUUGAAUGUUCAAGUCUAGUGAACCUUCCUUCAUCUAUUGGAAAUCUCACUAAUCUCCAUGAGCUUAUUGUAUGUUUAAUAAAUCUGGUAACGCUUCCCUCAUCUGUUGGAAGUUUUAUGAAUCUUGAAAUAUUUGAUCUUAGUGGAUGCUCAAAUCUGGUAAAGCUUCCCUCAUCUACUGGAAAUCUCAUUUGUCUUCAAGAAUUGGAUCUCAGUGAGUGCUCAAAUCUGGUGGAGCUUCCUUCAUCUAUUGGAAAGCUUGUUAAACUUGACAAGUUGGAGCUUAGUGAAUGCUCAAACUUGGUGGAGCUUCCGUCAUCUAUUGGAAAACUUGUUAAUCUUCAAGAUUUGGAGCUUUAUGUAUGCUCAGGCCUGGUGGCGCUUCCCUCGUCCAUUGGAGAUCUUGUUAAUCUCAAGAAAUUGGAGCUUAUUAAAUGCUCAAAACUGGUGGAGCUUCCUUCUUCUAUUGGAAAUCUCAUUAGUCUUCAAGAAUUGGUUAUACGUGAAUGCUCAACUCUGGUGGAGCUUCCUUCUUCUAUUGGAAAUCUCAUUUGUCUUCAAGAAUUGGAGGUUAGUGAAUGCUCAAGUCUGGUGGAGCUUCCCUCAUCUAUAAUUGGAAGUCUCAUUAAUCUCCGUCUAUUAAGUCUUAGUGAAUGUACAAAUCUAGUGAAGCUCCCCUCAUCUCUUGGAAAUGCUACUAGUCUCAAAUAUUUGAAUCUUAGUCAUUGUUCAAGUCUGGUGGAACUUCCUUUAUCUAUUGGAAACAUGUGUUCGUUGACAAAGUUGAUGUUGCAAGGAUGCUCAAAGUUAGAGGUUCUUCCGAUGGGGAUCAACUUGGAAUCUCUGUUAUUACUUGAUGUCACCGGUUGCUCUAAGCUGAGAACUUUUCCUGAGAUUUCUACUAAUAUCAGUUUUCUUAUGCUCUGUGGAACUAUGAUAAAAGAAGUUCCUUUGUCAGUCAAGUCAUGGUCUCGACUUCAUCUCAUGCAUAUAACAUACUGCAGAGACCUUGAAGAGUUCCCACAUGCUCUUGACAUUAUCACAGAUUUGGAGUUGAACAACUCAGAUAUAGAAGAAGCUCCUCCAUGGGUCAGUGGGAUUUCUCGUUUACGUCAACUUACACUCAACAAAUGCACGAGGCUGGUAUCACUCCCACAGCUACCGGGUUCCCUAGUACAUUUAGUUGCAGAAAACUGUGAGUCCCUGGAGAGACUUGACUGCUCCUUUCCGAAUCCUUACGUUAGUCUCAACUUUAUCGACUGUUGGAAACUGAAUCAAAAAGCAAGAGAGAUCAUCAUCCAAACAUGUGCAUAUGCGAUCUUACCAGGUAGACAAGUCCCUGCAUUCUUCACUUACCAAGCUACUAGUGAUGGUUCUGUAACAAUGGAGUUGAAUCAGAGUCGUUUUCCUACGUCAUUGAGGUUUAAAGUCUGUCUCUUGCUGGUUUAUAAGGGUGACACAAAAGCUGGUGAUGAGAAACAGAUAUAUGCAUCUUCUACCAUUGUCGACAAACAUAGGGGUAUCAGUAUUGUUCCGUAUGGACCACCAGGCCGUGUUCUACGUCCACUUUUAACGGAACAUCUGUACAUAUACGAAGCUGAGGCAAAAAACGUGGAAUACAACAAGCUUUUCCUUGAAUUCAAAGUCCAAAGUGACACAUGGGAGAUAGGUAAAUGUGGGAUACGCCAACUCUGACCUUGAUGCCGAUGGUUUUAUAAUGGUCUGAUUCUAUUAUCUCUUCAUAUAUAAUAUAUAUCUGUUUGUCAUACAAGUUUUGUUGUUCUUCCUUUUCUCAAUAAUUCAGAUUUUGUAAUAGUUCAAAGUUCAAACUGAAAUCAUUAAACAUCA